CUUUGCAAUUAUCUCAUUUUGUUCGAUCUGCUGUUUCUUCCAUUGCAAUCUCUUUUUGCUCUAGUUAGCUGCCGUUUCCUCCAUUCAUCUUCCUUCAUUUCCUUGGCUUUGCAAAGAAGAUCGAAAACAUGGCUGAGGUUGCAAGCCUACUUCUCUCGCCCUUUCUCCAAGUCCUUUUUGAACGAAUGGCAUCCCGCGACUUCGUUAACUUCUUUCGAGGACAGAGACUCAACGAGGAACUCUUGCGCAAGUUGAAGAUAGCAUUGCUGUCCGUGAACGCACUGCUUGAAGACGCGGAGGAAAAACAACUUACAAAGCCUGCUGUGAAAGAGUGGCUUGAUGAGUUAAAAGAUGCAGUCUAUGAUGCAGAACACGUCUUGGACGAAAUAGCCACUGAAGCCUUGCAACGUAAGUUGGACGUUGAAUUUCAAACCACUGCACAUAAGGUACGAAACUCCAUCUCUACUUUUCUUGGUCAUUUUGUCAAGGAGAUAGAGCAAAAGAUAAAAGAGCUACUUGAGAAACUAGAAUAUCUAGAAAGACAAAAGGAUGCUCUAGGUCUAAAACAAGGUGUCGGAGGAGAAUCAUCAAAAAGAUUGCCCACGACUUCUCUGGUCGACGAAUCUGGAAUUUUGGGUAGGGAUGAUGAUAAGGAAAAAAUAGUAAGCUUGUUGCUCUCAGAUGAUGCAACUGGCAAUGAAAAUCUAUGUGUGAUUCCAAUAGUCGGCAUGGGGGGAAUUGGCAAGACCACCCUUGCUCAGCUUGUAUACAAGGACGAGAGGGUGAAGAAGCAUUUUGAGCUUAAGGCAUGGGUAUAUGUUUCUGACAAGUUUGACGUGUUCAGGGUAACGAAAACAAUUCUGGAGGAAGUAGGUUCGGCUACUUUUGUUGAUAGUAAGAACCUAAAUUUGCUUCAACUUACACUAAAUGAUAAAUUGAAUGGGAAGAAAUUUUUACUAGUUUUAGAUGAUGUUUGGAAUGAGAAUUCUGAGGAUUGGGAAAUGUUAAGCACUCCAUUUAAAUUUGGGGCACCUGGAAGUGUGAUCAUUGUAACAACACGCACUGAUGAUGUUGCAUCAAUCAUGCGUACUGUUCCGACUCAUCGUCUGAAGACGUUACUGGAAGAAGAUUGUUGGUCACUAUUUGCAAAACAUGCAUUCACCAACUCUGACGCACAUCCAGAGCUAGAAGUAAUAGGUAGGAAAAUUGUGAAAAAGUGUGAAGGUCUACCUUUAGCAGCCAAGACAAUUGGAGGUCUCUUGCAAUCUAAACUAGAUGUUGAUGAUUGGGAGAAGAUAUUGAAGAGCGACUUAUGGGAUUUGCCAAUAGACAAGACAAACAUUCUUCCGGCUCUAAGAUUAAGUUACAAAUAUCUUCCCUCGCAUUUAAAGCAAUGCUUUGCUUACUGUUCAAUAUUUCCUAAAGAUUAUGUUUUUGAAAAAAAUGAAGUAGUCUUACUAUGGAUGGCAGAAGGUUUCCUAGAAGAAAAAAGAAACAAUACGAUGGAAGAAAUUGGCCAUGAAUACUUCCUUGCUCUAGCAUCAAGAUCAUUGUUGGAACAAUCAAGUGGCGAUAAAUCAGGUUUUGUAAUGCAUGAUCUUGUCAACGACUUGGCAAAAUUUGUAUCCGGACAAUUUACCUUUAGAUUGGGGGUUGACCAUUCUCAGGAAAUUGUGGACAAGACUCGCCAUUUUUCAUAUGUCACAAGCAAAUAUGAUAACUUCAAGAAGUUUGAGUCUCUUUGCGAAACUACUCGAUUGCACACAUUCCUACCAUUGAAGUUGUCGCCAAGCUACAAUGGCAACUUCCUAUCUAAAAGAGUACCACUUGAUUUCUUGCCAAAGCUAAGAUGCUUGCGGGUGCUCUCUCUAUCUCACUAUCAAAAUAUGAUUGAGUUGCCUGAAUCAAUUGGCAAAAUUAAGCAUCUACGUUAUUUGAACCUUUCUUCAACUAGAAUUAAAAGGUUGCCUGAUUCCAUAUGUAAGUUGUGCAAUUUGCAAACAUUAAAUUUAUCACUUUGUGAAUAUCUUUCUGUAUUGCCAAGAGAGAUGCGAAAACUCAUUAAUUUACGUCAUCUUGAUAUCAGCGGAACUGCCAUUAAGGAGAUGCCAAUGCAGCUAGGUAGACUAAAAUGUCUACAAACAUUAACUAAAUUUAUCGUCGGCAAACAUAGUGGGACUUCCAUUGAAGAGUUGGGAAAUUUUACAAAUCUUCGAGGAGAGCUUUCUAUUUUAGAGCUCCAAAACGUUGUAUCUCCUACGGAUGCUCUGAAAGCAUGCUUGAAAGAUAGGAAGUACCUUGAGGAGUUGGUCUUGGAAUGGAAUGCAUCUAAUAUUUCAGAAUGUCAAAUGUCUUUACUUGACGAUCUUCGGCCCCAUGGUAACUUGAAACGUCUCACUAUCAACAACUAUGUCGGUGAAAGUCUUUCAGAUUGGGUUUGGCAUCAUUCAUUCUCUAAUAUACAGUCCCUUCGCCUAGAAAAUUGCAAACAUUGUCAUAACUUGCCACCACUUGGGCGGCUACCCUCUUUACAGAACCUAUGUGUUGUUGGGUUUGAAAGAGUUGUUAAUGUGGAUAGUGAGUUUUAUGGCAGCGAUUCUUCAUCAGUUAAACCAUUUGGAGCCCUUAAAGUUUUAAGGUUCGAGCGAAUGUUAAAUUGGGAGAAAUGGUCUUCUUUUGGUGCCGAAAAUGAAGAUGGAGUUUUUCCUCAACUUGAAGAGCUUUAUAUUUAUAAUUGUCCUAAGUUAAAAGUAGGGCUACCCGUCCAUCUUCCUUCUUUAGCGAAAUUUGAGAUUCAUGAAUGUCCUCAGCUGGUAGCUUCACUUCCAAGGGCUCCUAUUGUACGCGAAUUGAAGCUGAGAGAUUGUAACGAGGUUCUGUUAAAGGAAUUGCCAACUAAAUUGCAAAAGCUUGUAAUUGGAGGAUUUGACGCACUAGAGUCCCUUCCCAAGGGAAUGGUGGCUUCCAACAAUUGUCUUCAACAAUUAAAAAUCUCAAACUGUAUGAAGUUAGAGCUCCCAACACACUCACACUUUUUAUCCCUUACAACAUUGCGGUUGGACGGUUGUGAUUCCCUCAAGUCAUUUUCUUUAGAUUUAUUCCCGAAGCUUCAUUUUAUCGAUAUCCGGAAGUGUAAGAAUAUAGAAUCUUUUACAGUUUCGGAACAACAUGGACGUGAUUUAGUGACCUUGAGUAUUAACAUCAGCAAUUGCCCUAAUUUGGUAUCUUUUCCAAAAGGAGGAAUUCGUGCCCCCGACCUGUCUACGAUUGUGAGAGUCUGAGGUCACUGCCAGAGAAGAUGCAUGUACUCCUUCCUUCUCUUGGUUUUUUUCAAAUUGGUUUAUGUCCAAGAAUUGAGUCGUUUCCCGAAGGAGGCUUGCCUUCCAAUGUUUUAUUUAUGAAUGUCCAUAAAUGUGACAAACUCUUUGCCAGACGGGCGGGAUGGGGUUUGCAAAAACUCCUAUGUCUUUGGGUCAAUUACACAAAUGAAGACGUGGAGUCCUUUCCAGAGCCAGGGUUGCUGCCUUCUUGUCUGAUUGAACUUGAUAUCUCUGGAUUUCCAAAUAUGAAAUCUUUGGACAAGAAAGGGCUUCAACACCUCACCUCUCUUCAAGAAUUGUCGGUCUGGGACUGCCCUAAGCUCGAGCACAUUCCAAAAGAGGGGUUGCCUACCUCCCUUUCUAUAAUAGAGAUCGAUAAUUGCCCUUUGUUGAGUAAACGGUGGCAAAGCAAGAAAGAAAAAGAGCGGCGAAACAUUCCGAACGUUGAUCACAUAUUGAUUGAUGAAAAAGAAUUUAUUGAAUGAGCCAAAAGCCUCAGAAUAAUACCUGCGCAUCAUAUCGAAGGCGACAACAACAUAUUCACUUAGGUUCACCUUCCAUUGUUAUAUAUGCUUAGAAUUGAAAAUUUUUCGCUACUGCCCGCCCCAGUGGGAUUUUCUUCUUAAGAAGAAGGGUUGUGUGCCUCCCUUUCUUCUAUAUGGAUCAACAAAUGCCCCAAGUUGAAGAAAGGAAACGAACGGCAAAUAGAAUCUGUGAUCCUGCGAGGCAUGAACUCUUGAAGGUACAACAUGGGUGUAAUACCAUCGAAGCAAAAUAUUGAUGCUCUAAAAGUUGGUGUUUUCUGGGUCACCUUCCAUUGUCAUAUGCUUCGAAUUGAAAAUCUUUUGCUGCUUCCGGUCGAUCUCCUUCCCAUUGGGGAUUUUCCUCUUAAGACGAAGGGUUGCUUGCCUCCCUAUUUAUAGUAGAAAUCAACAAAUGCCUUUUGUUGAGGAAACAGUGGCAAACCAAGAAACGAAAAAGAACGGUGAAAGAUUCCUAACGUCGAUCACAUACUGAUUCAUGGUGAAUAUAUUUGAUGAGCUAAAUCCUUGCAAGAGUCCCAUUUUAUGUUAUAAUGCCUGCACAUCAUCUCAAAGGCGACAACAAUAUGUUCAGCUGUUACACUUAUUCAACAGAAUAUAGAAGAUUGAAGAGCUCUGAUUAAGAGUACAAGACGCGGAGACGGACAUAUAGAAUAUGUUGUAUUUGCUCCUUGAAUGUCAGAAGAGUGCUUAACUACUUGGAAGUUCUUCCAUUACUUCACCGUUCUCCGUUCUUAAAAUCUCUAAUUUUCCAAACAUGAAAUCUUUGGACAAGAAGGGGCUUCAACUGCUGACAUCUCUGGAAGAAUAAUGGAUCUAUCACUGCCCUGUUCUCUAGUACAUGCCAGAAGAGGGGCUACUUGCCUUUGUUUCUAUUCUAUUGAUCAGCAAAUGUCCUUUGUUAAAGAAACAGUGUCAUAGAAAAAAAGGAAGAGAAUGGUGCAAGACUGCUCAUGUCCAUCUAAUAAUGAUUGAUGACAAAUUGAUUGGAUAUUUGAAUGAGCUAAAAUUAUAGUUGGAAUCCCCACUUAGAAUGUAGGAGAUGGAAGAGCUUGGUUAUGAAUACACAAAGUCGAGACUUGCAUAUACACGUGUGGAUUUUCUCUGUUUUAUUCUACUAUUAAUACAUUGUUAUUUAUUUUUUGAUUCAAACAUUUCAGUUACUGAACUUGUUCUGUGGCAACCUGUUGAACUUUUUCUGUUGUGCUAAAUCAAGAUCAUGAGAAAUUUUGGAACUUUAGAUUUGCUGAAGUGUAGGCUUUGAAUUACCAAUCACUACCUUUUCUUCGAUAGCUGCUAUGUGAGAAAAGGUGCCUACUAUCCAGCUUGCACUGCGCCAACUGUUGCAGGUUCUGAUGCAACACUGUUAACAGAUUAUCUGUUCGUUAAACAAUGCAGAAAUGGAAAUCUUAUACCGUUUGUCAUCUAGGGAUCCUUUGAAGUUCUCCAAGAGGUGGAAGCUUACGCUAUAUUAGAAUCAUCCUUAAUUCUUACACAUUCGCCAUCUAUUCUCAGCCUUGUUGACGUGGUAUGAAUUUCACCCUCAUUCAAGGAGGUGGGCCCCGCUGGAUUUGUAAGUCCUUGUGUGGGUUUUGGUCUGAUUUCUAGCAAGAGAGAAAAAUAAAAGGGUGCUAAAGUGAGAAAAUAGAAAAAUAGGGACCAAUCUUCAUUUGUUUUCAGCAAAAGAAGAGUUUGUAUUUCUGUCUUUUAGAGAAUAAUCUUUAUUGUUUGAUAGUGAGAUUUGGGUGUAUUGGGGCUUUGGGUUUUGAGUAGUUUUCUCUUUAUUAUUUUGUACUCUGUCUUUUAAUAGUGAAUUUUUUUCGGGUCGUUUCCUCCA